AUGGUGCUUGGGAGCAUUUACUCUGUUUUAAUAACUAUUAGCCAAUUACCAUUCAACAGAGGUAACAAUCAUGAUCACCAUCACCUUCCUCCACCAAACAGAAAAGAUCUAUUAAACAUUUCAGGAGUGCAGUGCAUGGAUAUUAAUAACAGUAGCCAUGUUGACUAUAUCAGCCUUGGAGAUGCAAAUGAGCAUUACUGGGUUGUGCUGAAAGAGACUCGGACCAUACCCAACUGUGACAAAGAGCCCUACAGUACUAAAAAUGAUUGUUUAAUAAUUUUUAAAAAUGACAUGUGGUUACAGAUGAGGACAACUUACAAUUAUGUCUGUGAAAAGCAUGGCGACAACUACAACUGGUUCUUGUGUCCCACUACAUUUGCUGUCAUUAACAAAAAGUACCUGUUGUCUGCUAGGGCUUUAUCACAACUUUUCCAUCUGGGCCUCACUAUAAAUGGCGACCUUCCAUACCUGACUGUGGAAGGAGAAAUUGUCAAGUACAGUUUGAAAGACAGCCUUCUCGGCAAGUCUGAGAAGUGUGCAGAUCGAAGUGUGAUUUGGAAGUUAUCUGAAGACAUUCAGCUGGCACUCAGCCUCAAAUAAGCUGGAGUUCUUGCAGAAAAUGCAGAGGAUUCUGAAGGAAGAGUUGUAUUUAAUACAAAACCAUUUGCACAUCUUAUUCAAGGGACAAUGUGUAAUAAUCUUCAGCAAGUAGUAGAAGGCUGCUCUUCAGGUAUGGCUAUUACUCUUAAUGGACCAACUCCCAGAAAGAUGAUAGUAAUGAUGCAUGGUGUGCACUAGCUCAGGGUUCAUUAUUUCAACAGUACACUGGUUUUCUUACCUCCAAAUGGUUCAGAAAAUGACUGA